CGCGUGGGUUGUGCGAGGGGCCGCCAUGGGGUCGCUCAUCAUGAACGAGUCCAACUUCCAGCACAUCCUGCGUGUGCUGAACACCAACCUCGACGGAAAGGUCAAGGUGAUGUUUGCGCUCACCUCGAUCAAGGGUGUGGGCCGCCGCUUCUCCAACAUCUGCUGCAAGAAGGCCGAGGUGGAUCUCACCAAGCGGGCGGGCGAGCUGACUGCGGAGGAGGUUGAGCGGCUGGUGACCAUCAUGCAGAACCCGCGCCAGUUCAAGGUUCCCGACUGGAUGCUCAACCGGAAGAAGGACAACAAGGACGGAAAGUUCUCGCAGGUGGUGUCCAACACGCUCGACAUGAAGCUGCGCGACGACCUGGAGCGGCUCAAGAAGAUCCGCGCCCACCGUGGCCUCCGCCACUACUGGGGGCUGCGCGUGCGCGGCCAGCGCACAAAGACGACCGGCCGCAAGGGCCGCACCGUCGGUGUGUCCAAGAAGAAGGGCUAGGCGUGAGGCGGCUGUGGCCAGCAGAUGUGGUGGUACGGGCCGGUGCGCCGCGCCGCGCCCUCGCGCCGUCCGCAAGCGCGCCGUGUGUGCGCGCGCUCCACCUCUCUUCACCCUCGCGGACGCGGCGGGCGAGCAUACGCAGCGCGCGGAGCCCGCAGCGCUUGGGGGAGGGGGGGGGUGGAAGUCCCGCGGCGGGCUACGAGUAUAGGGGUCCGGUGGGCCGUGUCACGGUCAGUAUCACGCCAUCUGCAUUCUUAAUCUUCACUCUCUUUACUGUCUA